AUGUCAAUCAGGUCGUCUGAGAAGAGGGUUGAUGUCCCGGCGAUCGCCUCCGACCGGAAGGAUGAGAAGUUCACAACUGAUAAUGAUGGUCUCGGAGCGGCGCCGAUUGUCGCAGCGCCGCGAGUCGAUGAGUCCGAAGCCAGCGAACACGUCGACGGUGGAUUGUUGGCCUGGCUGCAGGUAGCAGGGUGUUGCUUUCUUUACUGGAACAGCUUGGGGCUCAUCAACGCAUUCGGCGCUUUCCAGACCUUCUAUGAGACCCAGCUGCUCCGAGAGGAGUCAGCCUCAGCAAUCUCCUGGAUUGGUUCGAUACAGAUGUUUCUCCUCCUGGCAACUGGACCAAUCAUCGGCCCCUUGUAUGAUGCAGGCCAUUGCCGACUCUUGCUGUACAUCGGCGCGUUCCUCGUCGUCUUCGGCUUCAUGAUGACCAGUCUCUGCACCGCGUACUGGCAAGUCAUCCUUGCUCACGCCAUCUGCGUCGGCCUCGGCGCUGGUUUCUUGACCAUCCCGGCCAUUGCCAUCAUUCCUCCCUACUUCAAGACCAAGCGUGCCCAGGCGAUGACCACGGCCAGCAUUGGAAGCUGCCUGGGCGGGACGAUAUAUCCGCUCAUUUUCCAAGAGCUGCAGCCUCGCAUCGGAUUUCCCUGGACUGUCCGCAUACUGGGCUUUCUCACGUGUGCCAUGUGCUGCUUCUCCUUGGCUGUUCUGCGCCCGCGACACCGUGGCCAGCGUCAAUUGCAGAGUCUUCGGUCCCUCGUAGAUCGCACCGCCUUCAAGAGCGCACCCUACUGCCUGUACUCGGUCGGAGUUUUCUUCAGCAAUCUUGCCUGGUUUGUGCCGGUGUUUUACAUCCAGACGUAUGCGCUCUCUCAUGGAUUGGAAGCGCAGCCCGUGGCCUUGUACCUGGUUGCGAUCAUGAAUGCUGAGUCGGGGCCUACUUGUCAGUUCGGCCAGAACCUAAAAGAGAAGAAGUCCCUCUAA